CGCUGUCGCCGUCAUUCAGAAGAAGAAGAAACCUCAAUGGAGGUGUUGCACUUGCACGCUCCCGAUUUCCCCAUUCGCUAUUCUCUUUUCAAACCCAUCUUACCCACUCGUAUACUCUCCUCCGUCAUCUUCCGCCGCCGCAACUCGGUCUCCGGCGUCCGGUUGUCGUUUCCGACGGCGUGCGCUGCGGCGGAGGUGUCUGAGGGUGGGAAGAUGGUGAUUGAACUGGUUGGAGCUUUCAACUCUCUGACGGAGAGGAUGAACGUGUUGUCGACGAGCUCUUCUCGUCUUCUAUUCAAGUCACUGAAGCUCUCAAUCCCCAUCUUGCAAAGUUCACCUCUUUCUCCCGAUGGUCGUUCUCCACUUUCCAAGGCCUUAUCUGUUGCUAUGGUUCUCGCUGAUCUCCAGAUGGAUGCGGAAGUUAUCUCUGCUGGGAUAUUGAGAGAGGUAUUGGAGGCAGGUGAAUUGACUAUUCAUGAAAUUCGAAACCAGAUAGGUGUUGCCACUGCUCAUUUGUUGCAUGAGAGUUUGCGUGUGAAGAACAUUCCAUCCAGAGUUGAUGUUCUCGAUGAUGAUAAUGCUGCUGCUUUGAGAAAGUUCUGCUUGACUUACUAUGACAUCAGGGCUUUGAUUUUGGACUUGGCUUUGAAGCUUGACACCAUGAGACAUCUUGAUUAUCUGCCGAGAUAUCAGCAGCAGAUCCUUUCUCUACAAGUUAUGAAAAUACAUGCUCCUCUUGCUUAUGCUGUGGGAACUAACUACUUAUCACUUGAGUUGGAAGAUCUCUCGUUUCGGUAUUUGUUUCCUUAUUCAUAUCUUUAUGUUGAUACAUGGUUACGGAGUCAUGAGACUGGGGGUAUAUCUCUUAUUGACAUAUAUAAGGAAGAACUUCUCCAGACACUAAAAGCUGAUUCCUUGCUCGCAGAACUUGUGGAUGAUAUCUCAGUUAAAGGUCGCUAUAAAAGUCGUUAUAGUACAAUGAAGAAACUUUUGAAGGAUGGUCGGAAGCCAGAAGAUGUAAAUGAUGUGCUUGGGCUACGAGUGAUAUUAAAUACUAAGCCUGGAGAUAAUACAUUGGAAUCUGGAGAGAGAGCAUGCUAUAGGACUCAUCAGAUCAUCCAAUCUAUAUGGAAAGAAAUGCCUUAUCGAACAAAAGAUUAUAUUGCAAUGCCCAAAGCAAAUGGGUAUAAAAGUUUACACAUGGCAGUAGAUGUAAGUGACAAUGGCAGGACCAGACCAUUGAUGGAAAUACAGAUAAGAACAACUGAAAUGGACAGGUUAGCUGUUGGGGGAACGGCAUCCCAUUCAUUAUACAAGGCUGGCCUUACGGAUCCAGAGGAGGCAAAGCGUCUAAAGACCAUCAUGCUGGCUGCAGCUGAACUGGCUGCUCUGCGCCUCAAAGAUUUUCCAAGCACAAAUCAUAAAGGGAUUGAGAUUGAUCAGAGGGAUAGAGUAUUUCGCCUUCUUGACAAGAACGGAGAUGGUAAAAUUAGCAUUGAGGAACUUACAGAGGUGAUGGAGGAGCUAGGUGCACCAGGAGAAGAUGCCAGAGAGAUGAUGGAGCUCCUUGAUUCAAACAGUGAUGGCUCCCUCAGCUCUGAUGAAUUCCAUAUGUUUCAGAAACAGGUUGAGUUGGUGCGUAGUUUAGAGGUCCGGGAUGAUGAAUACAAGAAAAUAUUGGAUGAGAAGCUUCAAAUGGCAGAUGACAGUGGUUUAAUCCAGGUAUAUAAUAAGGAGUUUGGCAACAGGCUUGCGAGCUAGUAGUGCAUCUAAUUGGAAGGAACAACGAACUCAUUCAGGUUGCCUUCCAUCCCCUCCCCCUCCCUGCUUCUGAAAAAUUAAAUAAGUAAAUAAAAAAUUUAACGCUCUUCCUUCCAUUCCUCAUAGGGUUCUCACUUAUUUAAUCUAUUAUGGGUGUAGCCUCAAGCCCUCAAACUAUCCUUAAAGGAAGUGAAAAUGAUCAGUAAGUUAGAGCUAUUUGUAAGUGAUAUAUUUUCCAUGUAAAUAAAUUAAUGGCAUAGUGAAAUU